UUUCAUAUUAACCCUAAACGUUGACAUAAUCAUAGUCAGACACUUCUAAAAUCUUGAUGUUUAUGAUAUAUUUAUAACUGCAAAAACUCUUGAUUUUUCUACUUUAUUUUAUAGCUGAUACAUUUCUACCAAAUUUUAAUAUGGCACAUGGAUAUGAUUAUGAUUUUUUAAACGACAUAUGUGACAAUCCGCAAAGCGUGGUUGAUGAUACAUUACGUGUUAUACUUAGGAUUUGUAAGAACAUAACAGACAACCCCGGGGAGCAGAAAUACCGUCGCCUUCGUAUCGGUAACAAGAUUGUACAAGAAAAAAUCUUGCCUGUUGACGGAGCUUUUAACUGUCUAUUAGCAAUAGGCUUCCAAGAGGAUGAUGAAUUUCUUACAUUACCUGAAUCAGACAUGCUAUUUGAUUUGAUAAGAAUUCAAAAGUAUAUUGAAAAUAUAUUGAACAUGAAAUCAGAGGAAAAAUCUGUGUUGGCAGAAAAUGAACCCAAACAAGUGACAAGUUCAUUCCAAAAUCCAUCAGAACCAAGACAUUCAAUAACAAGUACAGCUCAGCAAAAGAAUGAGGAAAUUUUUUAUUCCACACUUUUAAUGUAUGUGAAAAGAGUACAACAGUAUGAAAAAUUUAGUCUACUAAAAAAAGCACGUCAAAUAAUCCCAAUAGCAGAACUGAAGGAAGAGGCCAAAAUAAAGUUAGAGUCAAUUUGUGAUGCUGAAAGUUCUUAUGCAGUUAGUUUGGAAGAUUGUCUACUUAUUGUUCUCUUGAAUUGGUUCAAAAAUAAAUUCUUCAAAUGGUUUGACAAGCCAUUGUGUACAUUCUGCAGUUGUAAAAAUGUCAUAGCUGUUGGCUCUGAUCAUCCUAACGAUGAAGAAAGCUACUGGAAAGCUGGGAAUGUGGAAUUAUAUUCAUGCCCUUUAUGCAAUGUUAUUAUUCGGUUCCCCAGGUAUAAUAGUCCUGAAAAAUUGCUUGAAACCAGACAAGGUAGAUGUGGUGAAUGGGCAAAUUGUUUUACAUUAUGUUGUAGGGCCAUGGGAUUUGAAGCUCGUCUUGUGGUUAGUUGGAAAGACCAUGUGUGGACUGAGGUUUUUUCAGAAUGUCAAGAUCGUUGGCUCCAUUGUGAUCCAUGUGAAAAUGUUUGUGAUAAACCUCUAUUGUAUGAGGCAGGAUGGAAGGUUGAGAUCAGCUACAUUAUUGGGUUCUCAAGAGAUGAUACUCAAGAUGUAACUUGGCGAUAUUCUGCUCAACAUGAGAAAGUUAAACAGAAAAGAACAAAAGUAAGUGAAAAAUGGCUCCAACAGACUUUGGCAAAAAUACGAACAGAGCAGAGUCUUCAUUUAUCACAAGAAAGGAAGAAAUUAAUAACAUUUAGAUCUACCAAAGAACUUACUGAAUUCUCAUCUCAUAGAACACCUAAGUCUGAUGAAUUACAAGGCAGAACAACUGGAUCUUUGGCUUGGCGCCUUCAGCGUGGUGAAACAAAGAAGCACACACCUUAUACUUUUAAACCAGAUAUAGCAGAACAGCAAUCUAAAUGCUUGUAUGUGAAAUAUAGCUGUGCCAAAGAUAUUUAUUAUCGCCCUUAUUCCAGUAAAUCAGAAAUUCAUUGUUGGCAAUCACUGCUAUUCUCUUAUAAAGAUAUUUUUCGCAAAGAAGAACAUGAUUGGAAAAAGGUUUACUUAUCUCGAACUGAAGGUUGUGAAUUUGGUGAAGUUAGUUGGAAAUUUGAUGUUUCAGAAUGUGGACUAACCAUUGCCAAGCUUGAAGUGUGGGUAUCAAGUGAGACAUUUGAGAAUGGUGAAGUUUUAUGGCAGUUAAAAAAUGAUAAGAAUAAAAUCUGGACUAUUGAAGGUGGUUCCCUUCACGUCAUCAGUGAUAUAAAAGGAAGCAGAACUGUUUGUUUAUCAGCACAGCUCCAUGGUGGACAAGGUGACAAUGCAUGGCAGCAUGCUCAACUGUUUCGACAAGGUAACACUAGCAGAGAAUACCCUCUGCAGUUAACUUUACACCUGCAGUAAAUUGAUUUGAAAUAACAUUGACAUAAUUCCUGCAAAUGCAUCUGUAUGAACAUGGAUAUUUUAUUUGUAAAAAAGAAAAACUUUUCAGCUCUCUGGUGAGGUUAAAAGAGAAACAUCUAUUUUCAGAAGUACAAUUUUAUAACAUGAGGUUACUCAGCACUUUUAUUAUUUUAGUUUAAUAGACUAAUUAAAUCUCAAAAUAAAUUUGUAAUAAACUAGUUGCAAAUGAUUUAUUCUUGCAAAAGAAUGUGAAGUUGUUACAUUCCCAGUUUUUUUCCCUAGCAACAUAAUUCUAACUAAAAACUGAAAGUAGGUGAUGGACAUGAUUCAUACAAAAUUUUGGAAAUUUAGCUAUCACAAGAACCUAUUUCUAUAAUUAUAUUUUUUUAUCAAUUUUAACUUUUGGCAUUUUCAAUUGUGUAAUAAAUCUGUUUUACAAUUGUUCAGGUAUGAACACCAUCUUUGUUUACAUUUACCUUUUGUGUUUCAAAUCAACAGAUGUGAGCCUUAGCCAUCAUUUUUGUGAUUCUGAACUUUCCUCCUUUAUUUUUAUGCUUUCAUUGACGUAUUAUAUUUCUAUAAUGUUACAAAGCAAUCAGUUGUUUUAGCAUUUAUCUUAAUCUGACUGAACCAACUUAUAUCACUGUGAUUUAACAGCAUUCAACGAUAACUUUUUAGUUAUUCUAAUAAAAAUCCAAUGAAAUAUAUUUUUUUCAUCAUACAUCCUAAGUUUGGAUUAUAAUAGUUCUAACAAGUUGAAAUUGGUUGAGCUACCAGUUGCAUCAUCAUCAACAUUGUGCUGUGUCUCUGACAAUAGCCCAGUUAAUGUAGUUGUAAAUAGGUACUAUUAGAACCAUGCAGAUCAGUACAUGUGGCAAGAAUAGUCUGUAAGUGACAACUUGAUAUAUAAAUUUUAAAACUUUUUACACACUGACACAAUUGUUAAAUCAUCAUUUUAAUGUCCACUUUCCAUGCUUGCAUGAGUUAGAUGGAAUUUAUUGAGAGACUCUCUAAAGUUGGAUGUCUUUCCUGUCACCAAACCUCUCAUUUCAAAAUGAGGUAGUGUUUCUCCAUGAUCACAUGUAUUUUCAUGGAAGACUGGAAAUGAAGGGCACAGCUUAUAUUAUGGUGAUACUUGUUUCUAACUAUUACAUCAUGUCAAGAUCAGGAGGUACAAAUAUAUGCUUAAGUAUACAUACUAUAUAUCUAUCUAUAUAUAUAUAUCCAUGAUAGGUUGUUUUUUUUAUCUCAGUCACAAAUUUUUAAAUUAAUUUUUUUAAACUUAACAGUUUGAAACUUUGGAUACUGGUUGAAUAUGUCUUAAAAUUUUUGACAAAAUUUUGUAUUUUAGAAGUUAUUUCGUGUUAAAGUUGUAUUUAGGUAAUUUUAACCAAUCAAUGACAAGUAUUCAGCUGAAGAAAGUUACUGCUGUUUGUGAAAGUAAUGGAAGAGCAACAACUUCCAGGUCAUAGGGUCAUGAAAGAGAGAGCGGUGGGAGAAAAGUAUAAAAGAUAAGAAAACUGGGUGAGAAAAACAAAGUUCUUUUAUAGGGAAUACAUACAUGUGUAUUUUUUUUCCAUCUUAUCCAAUGUGUCCUCUCGUUUAUAUAAUGUGAGAGAGAUUUGUCUGUUAUUUCCAGAAAAUCAUAGAGAACGGUGAGAGUGGUGGUGUGUUGAUCUGAACGACAGCUUAUAUAAACUUACCAACCCCCUACCACUGCAUAUUAAUUUAUUAAACACUCUCUUUUUUUCUUGCUUCCAUUUGGGGGUUUUAUCAGCUUUACAUAUGAAUGUGUGUGUGAUGGACAGCAUGAACAACUGUUGUCAAUUUCACAAUCCCCUUCACUCCUUAAAGUUAUGUAUUCCUCACACCCACCUUACUUUCCUUGGUGUUCUAAAAGUUGCAUGUGUGCAUAUGUAUUGGAGUGUGUGUGUGUAUAUAUAUAUAUAUAUAUAUACAUGUGUCUGUGUACAUAUAUGUAUGCAGUGUCCAAAACAGAUGACCCAGAUGUUGCUCUUCCAUUACUUUCGCAAACAGCAGUAACUUUCUUCUGCUGAAUAGACAUCAUGGAUUGGAUUUAAAUUGGCCAAUUAUGACAACUUUAACAUGAAAUAACUUCUAAAAUACAAAAUUUUGUUAAAAACAUUAAGAGUAAACCACGUUCUACGUGACACAGUCAUCCAGUAUCUGAAGUUUCAAACUGUUUAGUUAAAAAAAAUUAAUUUAAAUAUCUGUGACUGAGAUUGAAAAGAUCCAGUUUUUUUCAGUUUCCUUCUAUUAAAUAUACUCACAAGGCUUUUGGUCAGCUUGAGGUUAUAGUAGAAGACACCUGCCCAAGGUGUUUUGCAGUGCGACUGAAAAUGAAACCACGUGGAAAAAAAUUACAAGAGCUUUCAUACAAAUUUCUUUGAUGCUUAUUUUAUUUCCUACUAUUUUUCCUAGUUUGUUAUGUUUUUCUACACGUAUUAGAUAUUUGCUUCUUUUGCCUCCCAGAUAGGAAAUAUUUGAAUCUUAAUUAUUGAAACUCACUUUUCUGAUUAGUGUUCAAUCCUUCUUUGGUAGCAACUCAAUUGGAUAGUUGGAAGUAGAUAUGGUUGUGUAGCUAAGAAGUUUAUUUAAAACUACAUGGUUCCAGAUACAAGCAGCCAUGAGACAUUUUGUGCAAAUAUCUUGUAAGUAGAAUUUAGUAAAUGAAAACUGUAGAAAGCUAUUGUGUGUGUGUUUGUGUCAAUGUAUAACUUUUGUUGAUGUAUACCAAGUAACCAAUAAACUAGUACUUUCAAACAAAAA